AAUUUGCUUUCUCCUACGCAAAACAUUACGUCUGUUCUUCUUUGGUCAUGUGCGAGGUCUUAUUCAUGCGUGAAAGUUAUGGCGGUCGGUUGGAGCUAACGCAAAUGAAGAUCCCUAAAGAAGUAGCUUACUCUUUGGACAUGAACGAGUAUGAAAUUGGAGUUGACAAUUUUCACGGUGACAAAGAUGUAACUGGAGAGGAUUGUGAUGAAUUUGAGAGGGAUUUUUGUAAUGGAAUAGACGAAAACGGAGAAAUUUUGGCUGACGACAAUGACGAGGCUGAAGACGAUGUUUAUCGGCAGUUGGCCCAGAAAGACAAGGAUCUUCUCUUAGCUGCAGAGCUGGGAAAAGCUCUUUUAGAGAAGAACGAAGAACUCAGUCAGAAGUAUGAAUUAUUACAAGAAGAGUAUUCCCAAGUUGUCGAAGAACUGGAACAGGAUAAAUAUGAGCUCAAAUUAAAAGUGGAACGCUUGGAAGACGCGAACGACUCUCGGGUACACGAACUGCAGGCUGAUUUGAUAGCACUUCGUAAUGAAUUAAAAACAUUACAGUCCAACUCGAUAAACGACAAACAAAGCAAAAGGGAAACGUUUGCCGGAUUGACGGAAGAGAACGAGCAACUUCAUUCAGAUCUUCAAAAGGUGAAGACAGAGAAUGAUCAGCUCAGAGGAGAUCUUGGUCUUCUCAGGAAACAACUUAGCAGAAAAAUUAGCUUGGAUGAUGAUCGGUUACAACAGAUGGAAAUUGAUGAGCUCUGGGAAAAGCUCACCAGGCUGGAAGAGGAGAAAUUGAGCCUGAAUAAAACCAUCUCUGAACUUGCAACCAGCAAGGAAACUCUGUCUAAAGAAGUAGAAGAACUCUUAGCAAAGAAUCAGUCAUUAGAGAAAAAACUGACUUCAAGCAAGGGGCAGCUUGCUCAUUGUGAAGAGGAACUCAAUGAGUCCAAAGAUCUCAAUGCAUUUCUCCAGGAUCAGAUUGACGAAAUCAAGAUGCAGGCAUCAAUGGAACAAUUAUCUAGGACGUCAUUAUUUUCCGAGCUGUCCGAUCUGUCCGUGACAGGAGUCGAUGAUGGAGAUCAGAGCAAGGACUCGUCACCAAAAAUGAUGGGUGUGGGGCUGAGACCAGUUGCCAGUCUCCACGGAAGUCCCAAGCCUUUACAGGCUUCCUCGUCGAUGGGCCUGGGUCAGAGCUCUAACAAGCGCCAGAGGCAGUACAGCAGUAUCAGCGAUGACGAGUCAGACGACAGUGACCUUGAAUACGAUGAACACGAAAUUGUGGUCGGAGGGGUGACGAGAGAUAGUGACUUCUACGCGCAGCUUGAAAAAGAGGAGAAGGCGAACGCUCAGGUAGGACUCACCAGGCUGGAAGAGGAGAAAUUGAGCCUGAAUAAAACCAUCUCUGAACUUGCAACCAGCAAGGAAACUCUGUCUAAAGAAGUAGAAGAACUCUUAGCAAAGAAUCAGUCAUUAGAGAAAAAACUGACUUCAAGCAAGGGGCAGCUUGCUCAUUGUGAAGAGGAACUCAAUGAGUCCAAAGAUCUCAAUGCAUUUCUCCAGGAUCAGAUUGACGAAAUCAAGAUGCAGGCAUCAAUGGAACAAUUAUCUAGGACGUCAUUAUUUUCCGAGCUGUCCGAUCUGUCCGUGACAGGAGUCGAUGAUGGAGAUCAGAGCAAGGACUCGUCACCAAAAAUGAUGGGUGUGGGGCUGAGACCAGUUGCCAGUCUCCACGGAAGUCCCAAGCCUUUACAGGCUUCCUCGUCGAUGGGCCUGGGUCAGAGCUCUAACAAGCGCCAGAGGCAGUACAGCAGUAUCAGCGAUGACGAGUCAGACGACAGUGACCUUGAAUACGAUGAACACGAAAUUGUGGUCGGAGGGGUGACGAGAGAUAGUGACUUCUACGCGCAGCUUGAAAAAGAGGAGAAGGCGAACGCUCAGCUGAAAAAGGAGAUUUGCGAAGCGCACGAUGAAUUGCGAGCAUUAUACGAAGAGCUCCGAAGUUCUCACGCGAGCUCGGACUCAGUCGAAAUAGAUGAUUUGGAGCCCAGUUCUGAUUUUAAGCCGGGAUGCCUCACGACAUUUGUGAAGAAUUUUAGAGACGUUUUGGAGCAAAUGGUCAGAGAUAACAGUACGAGAACAACGAAUCUAAAACAACAACUAUGUAAAGCCCACGAAAGCAUCGAUAGUCUGGAAGAAAAGCUUGUUGCCGUGAACUCGGAGGCAAAGAAGAGGGCAGACGAAGUCGCUAGUUUAAAAGAGGAUUUAAACGAGAGAGACAACGAAAUUGAACGCGUAAAAGAACAGAGAAACAAGUUAGCAAAGGGAGAGUGCGAAUCACAGCUGGCGUACGAUAUUAUCUACAACGAAGCUGUGCAAGAGAGGCAAAACGCUGUUGAAAGGGAAAAAAGUAUAGCAAAAGAAUUAAAGCAGUUUAAAGAAGACAGAGAUGAACUCGACCAUCAACUGAAGGAGGCCAUUGAACAGAAGAUUAAGCUGUCAAAACAACUAGAAGACUGGCAGUUUGAUAUGGCCUCUUUAAUAGACGACCAAGUUCAAAAACAGAUGAAAACAGCUGCUAAAGAGCAUGAUGACAACGCAAGAAGAAGACGGAUGUCGGCUUUUGCCCGAACAACUCGUUGGCACUGGAGCGGUGGUAACAACAGACGGCAGAACGUGUUAUGAUGUAGAAGAAACAGACUACGGAAGAAAGUUCCAUGGACUUAACUCGAUGUUGGCCAUCGUGAAGUGCCGAGUGAAGACUGAACUCCAGGGUUCAAUGUCCAUCCGACUCCCGUGGGUUUCUACAGCCUCGUUCUCACGGAGACGGCUGCGCGGGGCAUGCUUAUGGCCUGAGCUUUUAGUUUGGACUUGCCUAUUAUUUUUUUUUUAUCAAGACAUAUCUAUCCUUUAUUUAUAAUAUCUAUUUAAUUGAACAGAUCAGAUCCUGAAAUGUUGACACGGAUUAUUCUGAUAGCUGGACAUUUUUGCAAUAUCUUGUUCGUAUCUACCACUUGAAGAGCUUUUUAGUUAUCCUAACAUUUGUUGGCCAGAUACGUCUCGGGUUUGAAUUUCUCGUGUCGCUUGUCAUCUAUCGGUCAUCUGGAGAUUGACUGACGGCUUAACGAUCCAUUCUUACAUUGUGAUGUUCGUACACGUCUCAUGGGCGCUAAAAGUCGUCAAUUUUUUAACUGGAGGUGUAAUAAUGUAUAUUAAUGGUAAUAUUAAAUGUAAUAAGGUCUCGUUUCUUCUGUACGAAGAGGGCAGAAAGUUUAUCGCUCGAUUCGUUGUCUAACGUUAAAGCACUUGAAGAUAAAUUAACAUUAAAUUAUGUGACUCCCAAGAAGUUAAAUAAGUUUAUUCUGCGAAUUGCGAACUUUCUAGAGAAUAUAACUAUAAAGUGUUUGGCAGUGUGUGUAGAUUUUUCAUUAAAUGUACAUAAUUAAGUCUGACGAAUACUUGUGUUGCGAUAUAAAUAAGACUGUAAACGAGUUCUUGGGGAUUUAUUUAAUUAAACCGAUGCUAAGAUGUCGCAGUCUUUCUUUUUUCUUACCGCACUAGUAUUUAGGUAAAUUUAAUGGUUUUCUUUUUAUUAAGCUAAGCUUAAAAGUAUGGGUAAUGGUUAGCUUAACCUUAAUCGUAAAUUUGAUUUAAUCUAUGUAGAUAAGUUAGCGACUCUUGCUUGUUCUCCGCUAGCAGAAUCUUUGAACUAAGGUCGUCACUUUAUGGUCUGCCAAUCUUCUGGAAUUAAUUAAGGACUUGUAAUAAUUACAACUAAUAUAUGCAACGUUUCAAAAACACUGCACACAAAAGUUUAGUCAGUCCAUCAUACGUCUAGAAAGUGGAUAUGAAAUUGCUGGAAGAUUUAUGGUUGUGAAAAACUUAGUUUUAUCAAAAGAGGUAAAGAAAUAAAAGGAGUAUUUUGACAGUGA